AUGACGAAGCAACCGGAGCAGAUGGAUAAAAUGGACACGACCUGCCAUGCAGAGGCAAAGAAGGGCUUGCGAGAGCUGCGAGAGGUGGGGCCCGUGACCUGGGUGAGGGUCUACGCCUCCAACUCCAGCAAGGAGGCCGGCGAGCAGCUGGCAGGCCGCGCUCACGAUCCGCUGGCCUUCGAGAGCUACGAGGCCUUCGACGAGCACAUCUCUCAAGGAGCCAUGCAGCAGGACGGCUCGACGAGCUAUGGCUCCAGGCCGCAGAAAUUUUCCUCGCCACUCGUUGGCAAGAAGAUUGCGGCCGUAGAGGUCCCGCUCUUGACUCUUCCCUUCUCCGCAGCCGGCUGCACAUCCCGUGUAGAGGAGGUUGCGGCCCAUGGCCUGGGCAAGGUGGCCAAGUCGUGCGCGCGGAAUCCCUGGAAGUGCAUCAGCCUGACCGUCGUGGGCUGCCUGCUCUGCGCCGUGGGCGUCCUGCGCUUCAGCGCCGCCAGCGAGGCGCGGGACCUAUGGGUGGAUCAAGACUCGAAGGCCAUGAAGGACAUGGAGUGGACGGAGCAGUACUUCGCCAACGCUGGCCGCCUGAAUCGAGUCCUGGUCACAGCGAAGGAUGGUGGCAGCAUUCUUCGCAUGGAGACGAUGGCGGAGAUCUUCCGCCUGGCGGAUGAUGUCAAAGCCCUGACGGAUGAGAACGGCAAUGCUUUUGCCAACGUAUGCCUCCAGGUGCCCUCCGGCUGCUUGAACCCGGGCAUCCGCCGAUAUUUCGGAACUGGCACCUCCGCCGACUUCAACCAGACGGUCCAGACACAGGCAGACAUCCUCCUGGCCGUGAACAAGGCAAACUUCCCGGAUGGUGCGCCGGCCUUCGCUGAUGACUCCAUGGGGGGCCUUGUCCGCGACAACAGCGGAAGCAUCACGAGUGCCACGGCCGCCCGGGUCGACUUCAUCUUGAGUGGAGAUUCCGAGGUUCUGCAAGCGUGGGAAAAGGCCUUGAUAGAGCAUUUCACGAAGGACGACCUCACCGAGCAAAGCUACCAGCACGUGAGCGCCUUCGUGCAGGCCGAGCGCUCCAGUGACGAUGAGCUGAGCCGCACGGUGCAGGCGGACAUCCCACUCUUCGCCAUGGCCUUCGUUCUCAUGGGCUCCUUUUGCGCUGUCUUCCUGGGAAAGGUCACGUCCUGGACACAGAGUCGGAGGCUGCUAGGGCUCGUCGAGUUCUACCUCGUGAUCUUCGGGUGCAUUGCGGGCUAUGGAACCUGCAUGCUGAUGGGAAUCCCCUUCACCGUGCUGCAGCAGAUCCUUCCCUUCAUCUUGGUUGGGAUUGGCAUCGAUGACGCCUUCGUCAUCUCCGGCGCCUUUGAUGCCUUGGACCCUUCGGAGGGAAUCCCCGAACGCAUUGAGAAGGCCAUGCAGCGUGUCGGCGUUUCCAUCACCCUCACGAAGGUCACCUCCAUCGCCUCAUUCCUCCUAGGUGCCACCGGCGUCUUCCCCUCGGUGAAGUGGUUCUGUGCCUAUGCGUCCUGCUCUUGCUUCUACAUCUGGCUACUCCAUUGCACCACCUUCUGCGCGAUUCUGGCCCUUGAUGCCCGGCGCGCGAGCGCAGAUCCACCUCGACUCGACCCGUGCUUCUGCAUCGGGGCCAGGGCUUCGUGCAUGCCAGGGAAGGGCUCGGAGAAAGCCUCGCCCCUCGAGAGGAUGCUCGUGGCGAUGAUCCGCUUCCUCACCAGCCAUCCGGCCAUCUCCCUCGCCACGAUCCUUGUGUUUCUUCUGGUGGCAGCCCUGUCUGCUUGGCAGGUCAGCCUUGGUCUUAGCACCGACUUCGACAUCAUGGACUUGUCGCCAGACCAGAGCUAUCUCCGGGACUUCUACAACCAAGAGAUUCAGCACUUCGGGGGCCUCUCCACAGGCGGCUUGGCCCUUCCCACGGCCUUCUAUGCGAUGGACCAGGACUUCCAGUCCCUGGCCGUGCAAAGGCACCUCGAGGAAGCUGGGGCAGCAAUGAUGGCGCUGAGCAACGUCAACAACAUCCGUGGGCACACCAUCUUCACCCUCUGGGCCGUGCAGAACAAGGGCGUUCUGGCCUCCCUCCCCCACAGCGCCUUCACGGCGGUUGAGACGAACCGCACAGGCUGCGAGGCUGGCUUGCCUUCGGGAGUCAGCACUUGCAGCAGCUUCCUGGUGACCGGCAGCACUUUCCUGCCUGCGCUGCAGGAGUUCUUUGCGACUCCCACGGGCCGGGCCUUCGAAGAUGACGUGGUGAUCCAGAAUGGGCAGGUGAAGGUGGUCCGUCUCCGGGCCAGCCACGUGGACACCACCAACAGCAGGGAGCAGGUCGCUGUGCUUGAGGAAGCAGAGGCCUUCACAGAGCAGUGGCAGAGUGCACUGCCCGGAAGCUUCAUGAACGCCCAGGCCUACAUCUUCUUUGACCAGUACCGCAUCAUUGUGGAGCAGAUGACAGUGAGCAUUGGGCUCUGCUUGGGGGCAGUGCUCCUUAUCAGUGCGCUGGUCCUGGCGCAUCCGCUUUCAGUGCUCGUGGUUCUCUUGGUCCUCUCGCUGGUCUUUAUGGACCUGAUGGGCAACAUCGUCCUCUGGGGACUGGCUUUGAACUCCAUCUCCAUGAUCAACCUCGUCAUGGCCGUCGGCCUGGUGGUGGACUACUCCAUGCACAUGGCCCACAGCUUCGGCCUACAGGACGGCACGUUGCCUCGGCCCAAACGCGCAGAGUUGGCCAUGAAGGAGAUGGGCCAGCCCAUCUUCUUGGGGGUCAGCACCACGUUCCUUGCCAUCCUCCCCUUGGCCUUCUCUUCUAGCCAGGCUUUCCGCGUCUUCUUCCAGAUGUUCUUUGGCAUCGUGAUCGCCGGUGGCUCACAUGGACUCAUCUUCCUCCCCGUCUGCAUGUCCAUGUUUGGGCCCAGUGUGAAGAAGGUCACCAGCGUGAAGGAAAUCUCAAACAUCUCCAACACGGACGAAGAGGCCGCCGCCGGAAAGGGGGCAAGUGACGAGGCAACACCUAAGUAA